AUGGCGAUGCGUGAGGACGAAGUGAACGCUUCGGGGAAAGAUACGACGGCGAUGGAGCCUGAGGUCGUGCGGAACGUGUGCGUUGGACUCGAAGAUGAGGAUCUCGGAGUGAUCGCCUACUGCAAGACCGAGUUCAUCCACAAUCAGAUAAUGAUGACUGAGCUUUCGCAGAGCAACGGCGAGCUGGGCAUGCGCACCCGCUACCUCGAGAAGGCGGUACGAAGUAGUAUAACUGCAACUGCAACCUAG